ACGGCAGCGUAGGUGUGGCUAUCGUAUAAAACCACCUGUACUGUGGUGAACCAAAGUACAGUCUCUGUCUGCAGCACAUCCAGUCUAGUCUUCAACUUUCGCCAACACAUCCUCAACAUGUUCGCCAAAGUGAUCUUUGUUGCCCUGCUGGCUAUUGCCGCUACUACCUCCGCCAAGCCCCUGGUGCCGCUGGCUUACACGGCUGCAGCUGCCCCGGUCGUAGCUGCCCCUGCUGUGGCCACGGUAGCGUCGCCCUAUCUUGCUCCCUAUGCGGCCGCCCCUGCUGCCCUGGCUGCCUACACCACUCCCUACGCAGCGGCAUACACGGCCGGCUUCCCGUACGCGGCCACCCUUCCCUAUGCUGCCGCCGCCCCGUACACCUCGCUAGUGCUGUGAGCGCAUGGAUCCGAUAUGGACGACAUUCGACCGUAUGCAAAGUAUAAAAA